GUCCGCUGCCAUCGCCUGCCCGCCACCCACUGACCGCCACCCCCUCCCAGUGCACGAUGCUCGCCCGCGCACUGCUGUCCCCGCGCACGUCCCUCCGCGCCCUCGCCGGCUCUGCCCGCGCCCGCUCGUCCUCGGUCUUCGGCGAUGCGUGUCCCCUGGCCCUCACCCCCGCCCAGCUCCGCGGCCUCGCGCCCGGCUCCGUCUCCAUCCUCGACGCGUCCUGGCACAUGCCCAACUCCCCCCGCAGCCCCCGCAGCGAGCACCUCCAGAUGCGCAUCCCCGGCGCCCAGUUCCUCGACCUCGACGACGUCGCCAGCCAGCACCCCCUCGCCCUCAAGCACAUGAUGCCGUCCCCGGACGUGUUCGCCAAGGCCUGCGAGAACUAUGGUAUCACGCCCGAGUCGCACGUCGUCAUCUAUGAUACGCACGGCGUGUUCUCGUCGCCGCGCGCCCUCUACAUGUUCCGCGCCUUCGGCCACCACCGUUCCUCCAUCCUCGACGGCGGCCUCCCCGCCUGGAUCGCCCACGGCUGCCCGACCAACAAGGGUGACCCCGACCCCGUCCAGAAGGUCACCUAUCCUGUCCCCAAGCUCGACGAUCGCGUCGUCAGAAGCUACGAGCAGAUCGUCGCCAACUCCGCGCUCGACCCCUCGCGCGACAACCUCGCCGACAUCGUCCUCGACGCCCGCUCCCAAGACCGUUACUUGGGGACCGCGCCCGAACCGCGCGCCGGCCUCUCCAGCGGGCACAUCCCACACUCGUUCUCCCUCCCCUUCACCUCCCUCCUCAACACCACGCCCAUGCCCUCCCCAGCCCCCCUCACCUCCCUCCCCGUACCCCCCUCCGCGACCGCGCCCGCGCUCUCCGCGCACCCUCCCCAGCUCGGCUCCGAGCCCGCGCGCCAGCCCGAGCCCCAGCCGCCGCAGGGCGACUUCCCGUGGGUGCUCCCGGAGCAGUACGCGACCCUCAAGACGAGCACGCAGAUCCUCAGCGUGCUCGAGGACGCGCUCGGCAAGGAGCGCCUCGAGGCGGUGCUGGAGGGCAGGCAGGGCGUCGUCGCGAGCUGUGGGAGCGGGAUGACCGCAGGCGUGGUCUGGUUGGCGCUGCAGAUGGUCGGUGUGAAGGGCAGCCCUGCGAUCUACGAUGAGAGUUGGACGGGGUACGCGAUGCGCCCCGAGAGCAAGAUCGAGAAGGCGCAGUGAGCGUGCGGAUACCAAGCAUCCGAGACCCCGGUGCUCGCUAGAGAAAAGCCAGCCCAUCGUGGCUGGCUGUCGGCUUAGAUUGCUUGAAAGUUCGGUAAGGUAUUCGUCGCCGCUCGUAUCUACCCCAUGUAAAAUAUUCUGGAAGAUGUAUCAUUCGUGGUCGGUGC